CUUUGGGGAAAGAUAAUGCGUGACGGACCACAGUUACCCAUAUUUCCGCUAACAACAAUCCUGGCUUUCUUAACUGGAGUAUUGUGUGUACAGGCUAAAGCCGACUCAAGGCUGUUUGGACACUAUCAUGGGGAAGUGGCAUGAAACGAACAUAUUUAUUAUCGCGCUAAGUAUUCACUUGUAGCUGGCAAUAAAAGUGAUAGAGAAAAAAAACAAAAUCAGCCUGCCAGCGUAGCGUUGACGAGCGCGUUAGCCGCUUGUCUCCUUCCUUUAGCAUGUAGUGUGACGUUAGCCUGCUUAUGGGUUUUGGUCGGUCAUCAUUCUCAUGUCCAAACAGUGACUAAAUUAAUCGUGGGUUUUGUAGAGAGGUAGAUUGUAUCUGUACAGUAUAUAUCUGUGUAAAAUAUAUCACCAUGUUUGAAGCGACUAUUUCCUGACCGAGAAGCGUUGGACAAGAUUUUCUAGCAUCAUCGCUCCCUGCAGGCGAAUCAAAAAUGAAGAUGUUUGCCGUGUCUCACAAGACCGUCUUUGUGGUGGACCACUGUCCCUACAUGGCUGAGUCCAGUCGUCAGCAGGUGGAAUGUGAUCUUUUGACCAAAAGCCGAGCCCAGGGAGUCAUCCCUUUGGCCCCAGUGUCCAAGUCGCUCUGGACCUGUGCUGUGGAGUGCUCCAUGGAGUACUGCCGGAUCCUAUAUGAUAUUUACCCAGUGGACAAAUUGAUAAAUUACAUUGUGAGCGACUCAGAGUUCCACAUCUUGAAUAGCUGGAAGCGUGACAACCAAAGCACUCAUGAGCUAAUGUCGGCUUUGGCAGCCGUUGGGCCUCCUAACCCACGCGAGGACCCUGAGUGCUGCAGCAUCUUGCACGGUCUGGUCGCCGCCGUGGAGUCGCUGUGCAAAAUCACCGAGCUGCAGCACGAGAAGCGCAUUGAUCUCAUGGACACGGUGGAGCGGGUGGUGAACAGAGGUCGAGUUAUCUGUCUGACUAAUGCCAAAAGUGACACUCACGUGCGCAUGCUGGAAGACUGCAUCCAGGAGACCAUCUUGGAGCAAAACAAGCUGGCAGCAGGCUCAGACAGGCUGAUGGGCAUCCAGCAGUGUGAGCUGGUCCUCAUUCACAUUCACCCUCAGGGCGAGGACACGCUGGUGUCCGACCGUCCCAAGAAAGAGAUCUCGUCGCUACUUACAAGUGAGGUCCACAGCGUGCGCGCAGGGAGGCACUUGGCCAGCAAGCUCAACAUUCUAGUCCAGCAGCACUUUGACUUGGCCUCCACCACCAUCACUAACAUCCCCAUGAAGCCCACAUUAAAUGUUUGCGACCAGGAAGAGCAGCACGCCAACACGUCUGCCAAUUACGACGUGGAGCUUCUGCAUCACAGGGACGCUCACCUGGAGUUCUUCAAAAGUGGAGAUUUGCACAUGGCUGGCACAAGCACGCGUGAAAACGGACUAAAGGAAACGGUCACACUAAAGUGGUGCACGCCGAGAACCAUCACCAUCGAACUGCAUUACUGCACAGGAGCUUAUCGCAUUUCUCCCACUGAUGUCAACAGUCGUCCGUCGUCGUGUUUGACCAACUUUCUCCUCAACGGUCGAUCGGUGCUGCUGGAGCAGCCCAGGAAGUCCGGUUCAAAGGUCAUCAGCCACAUGCUCAGCAGCCAUGGAGGCGAGAUCUUCUUGCACGUGCUCAACAGCAACCGCUCCACCCUGGAGGACCCGCCCUCCAUCAGCGAGGGCUGCGGGGGCCGAGUGACUGACUACCGCAUCACCGAUUUCGGGGAGUUCAUGAAGGAGAACCGACUGUUUCCCGUGUCCGAGUCCUCCCAUCACGCUUCAGGGAAGCUGCCGGUAGAGCGCGCCAAGGCUCAGCUAGAGCGGUACACACGCUACUGGCCUAUGAUCAUCUCCCAGACCACCAUUUUCAACAUGCAGGCCGUGGUUCCUCUGGCUAACCUGAUUGUGAAAGAGACGCUAACUGACGAAGACGUCCUCACCUGCCAGAAGACUGUUUACAACCUGGUAGACAUGGAGAGGAAGAAUGACCCUCUUCCCAUCUCCACUGUGGGUUCCAGAGGCAAAGGACCCAAGAGAGACGAGCAGUAUCGAAUCAUGUGGAACGAGCUGGAGACUCUGGUCAAAACGCACGCCGGGGCCACCGACAGGCACCAGAGGGUCCUGGACUGCAUCGUGGCCUGCCGCAGCAAACCGCCUGAAGAGGAGGAGAGGAAGAAGAGAGGCAGGAAGAGAGAGGAGAGGGAAGACCGGACAGACAAAAACGGCAGCAAGGAUGUAGAGGAUAAAAGCUGGAAGGACUCAGAGAGGGUCAAGAGUUUGCAGGAAAAAGAGGAUCAGGAGUCAGAAGUGAUUAAAGAUUCACCAGACUCUCCCGAGCCCCUCAACAAGAAGCCUCGUCUGACCACUGAUGACGUUCAGCCAGCAGAGGGAGCAAUAGGUCCCAUCUCGCUCCUCGCCAUGUGGACCAAUCGGAUCACCGCCAAGUCCAGGAAGCGGCGGGAUCUUAUGGGAAGAGCACGCUCAGUCAACAGCAGGUUUGAGCUGUACCAGCACCUCAAAGAUGAAAAUGGGAUGGAUGUUCAUGAAAAUGGCAAGGCGACCAGAUGAUGGUGUGCUCCAAAAGAAGAAGUGCCUCAAUGUUUUUUUCCAAUCCUUUGGGAUGUUGCUCACCCGCUCAAAGCAAGAAUUGCCAGUCAACUGAAAUUUGUAAUUUUUUAAACCGGUUUUUGUAAAUAUACCAUUUGUGUAUUGUAUAUUGCAAUAAAACUAUACAAUAGAGA